CUCACGUGACUAUUCUCUCCAAAUCUCUUUGUUGUAGCUGCUGUGGCUGUUUCGCAUCCGGCGCCUUUUCUCUUUAAUUCCCGGUUAUUGAAACCAGAUUUGGUUUUAUGAACGGAAACGUAYCGGGAGUGUAGGACUACUUACAUUGAUUCAAAGUGAGGUGUUGUUUUGAAAGGAGGGAUUUGCCUCGGUGUUAAAUCCGGGGCGUCAGAUAAGUCAUAAAACGACCCAGAGCGUGUUGGAAGGACGGACUGCGARGAUGCUGUUGCUGCUUCUGUUGUCGUCUUGGGGAAUUUCGUCAGCCACCGAGGUUUCAUAGAUGACCACCUCGUUUAUUUGGAGUAAAGAGCCUUCAGAAUUGUGUGCUCGGCAUCUAAGAAUACCGCUAUAUUAUUUUUGCAUCGCGUCCCGUUGUCAUAGUGCGUGUUCCUUCGUGCAUGCAUCCCUGCUUCUAUGCUGUGUUCUUUCAUUCAACACAAUUUACCCAUCAAUAUUUUCGUCAAGUUGUCGAACUGACUUAAUUUUGGAUACAUUCUUUGACAGUAGCCUUGUUUGGUUAUCGUCUCCAUCCUUUUCAUCAUGGUUGGAAGCUUGCGACCUGGUAGGUUGCCCGGACCUUUGGCUGGCUAUUCCUUGGCGUUCCUCUGCUUCGUGGCUAUCGCUUCAUUGCCUGGAUCAUUGGCAUCCUACCUACAAAGUGGCGAAUGCAAAGGGAAAGGAAAAGACUGCACAGAUCUGUCGGAGAAGAAGAGCGACCUACGAGUGUGUGACGACUCCAGCUGCCGUUUUGGAGGUGUCUGUAGGGAUGACGGGGCCACGCUGAAGUGUGUGUGCCAGUUUCAGUGCCACAAAAACUACAUCCCUGUAUGUGGCUCCAAUGGCGAUACCUACCAGAAUGAGUGCUACCGAAGACAGGCCUCCUGCAAACAGCAGAGGCUCAUAUCACUCUCAUCUGAUGGGCCAUGCACUGCAGGUGAGUGUUUCCACUUCUACUUUACAAUCAGAGAAAUAUCAUUUCUUGAAGGAAAAAAAAUCUAAAUUCCUUCAGACCAC